AUGCAUAUUCUAUCGUUGGUACUAUUGGUGGCCAGUGUUCUUAAAGUGAGCAGUGCUGCCAUUUCUUGUAACGCCACAAAUCCGUGUCCUAUCGAUACUCCAUGUUGUGAUCAGUACGGGCUAUGUGGGGUUGGCUCUUUCUGCCUUGCUGGUUGUAAUCCACUUUGGUCUUACAAUAUGCUGGCGUGCAUGCCACAACCAAUAUGCAAGAACUCCAAUACUUCUUUCACAAAAACAAACCAAUUCCUUUCGGAAGACGACUACUACGGUGAUGCUCUGCAAUCAGACUGGACUUAUCAAGGUACCAUUCUUGAGUACGAUGACUCCAUUAUCUUAGCCAUGACCGAAUCAGCAUCAUCUACCGUUGUUUCUUCGACAAGAUUUAUUUGGUAUGGUCACAUCGAUGCCAGAAUCAAAUCAUCGCACUUGGCCGGGGUUGUUACUGCUUUCAUUCUUUUCUCCAAUGUUCAGGAUGAAGUUGAUUACGAAAACGUUGGAGUAGAUCUUUACAAGUGGCAAACCAAUUACUAUUAUCAGGGUAUUCUUAACUGGACUCACUCUAAAAACAUUACUACCACCGAUUCAACAUUUGACAACUACCACGUUUUGGGGAUUGAUUGGACUGAAGACCGUCUUCAGUGGAUCGUUAAUGGAGAAGUCGGACGUACUCUCUACAAAAAUGAAACGUGGAAUGCAACCUCCCAAUCUUACUAUUAUCCACAAACCCCAUCCAGAAUCCAAAUUUCUUUAUGGGCCGGUGGUGCCUCUAAAGAUAUCGGUACGGUUGACUGGGCUGGUGGUGCCAUUGAUUGGUCGGCUCCUGAUUUAACUGAUCCUGGUUACUAUUAUGCUUUCAUCGAUUCUGCAAAUAUCACCUGUUACGAUCCACCUUCUGGAACUAAGCAAUCCGGUACUAACGCAUACAUUUAUACCGGUACUACCGGUAAUCAAAGUGACGUGGAAAUCACUGACGAUAAGACCUGGAUUGGCUCUACUAAUGCCACAGGUUUCAAUCCUCAGAAUAGUGGGAACACCAGUAAUAUAACACUUACAAAAUCAUCUGAUGGUUCCACCCCUACAGGUUUGGGUACCGGUGGACAUGCUGAUGGUGAUGAUGGUGAGGCGGAUAGCAAUAACGAUGGUACUACUUAUACCUACACUGGCUCAGGGUUUAUUCAAUUCGCGAGUAGCACUUCUUCUGCUUUCAAUGUGUCGAAUUUGGCGAGCGUGAGAGUGGACGCAAGUAACCUCUUUAAUGUUAUUUCGCUUGCAGCUGUUGUUAUUGCCACCAUGGUUUUGAUGUGA